AUGAGUUUAAGUGAAGAUUAUCAAGACUACUUAAACUCUUUAAAUAACCAAGAAAUAACCAUCAAUAAGACUAUUUGGGAAAAGUUUGUUUCCUCAAAAAGCAAAAAAGAAAGACAAAUCUUUAAAGACUUAAACUUGGAAGAACUAAUUAACGAAAAAAUUAACCAAGCCUUAACUGGUUAUCAGCCCAAAGAAAUCUUUUAUGACAGCCAGGAAGAAUUAUCCGAAACCGAAGAAAUUACAGACCCAAAACCUACUUCCUCCACUUCUCGUUAUGAUAAUCUUUUUGAAAAUCUCAAUCAAGAAGAAGCCGAACGACAAAAAAAGAAACUAGCCCGCGAGGAAGCCCGUAAAAAACUCGAAGAAGCCGAAUUAAAACGCCGCGAAGAUUUGCUGACCAAUCAACAGAAAAUUAUUGAAGAACAGCAAAAAUCCCGCGAGGAAGCCUUUAAAAACCAGCAAAAAGAAGCAGAGUUAGCCGAACAGAAGAAGAAAGCGGACAUUGAGAACCUGGAAAAGCAGAAUAAGUUCGCUCAGGAACAGUUAGAAAAACAAAAGGAACUCUUAGAAAAAGAGACUCAGGAAAAGUUGGCUAAAAUUGAUGCAGAAGACCAAGCCGAAAGACAAAAAAUUUUAAAACAACAAAAAGAACGAGAAAUAGCCUUAGAAAAUGAGAAAAAAGAGAAUGAAAGAAACUUACAAGACCAGAAGCAACGCUGA